AUGGAUGCCCGGCGGAGUGGUAACAUGUUUCAACUGGACAUGGCGAGAGUUGCAUCAAACGUACAGACCCGAGGUGACUCGAGUACCUGCCGAAGAGAUACCACCAAAUCAAUGCAAUUUUGCCUUGUCAACAUCGGCCAAACAUUAAAUAUUAAUAACCAGAGGCCUCCGAUUGGUAUUCGAAACCGAAUGACUCGUUGUCAACUCGUCAGUCAAUAUAAUCUUCCGACAGACGAAACAGAUCUUGACGCCAACCUUCUAAAAUGUAGCCUUCUUAAAGACAAAUGUUCAAAGAGGCCUCCUUUAAAGUUGAUUUCGAGCAUUGUCAGGUUCUUCGAACCGGAUCAAAUCAAAGCGAUUCAGCCUAUUUGCCACUUAAAAAUUGCCAGCUCGAAUCGAGUUCGACCCCCACUUAACGGGGUUUCGCAAAACAGACAUAAUCAGUCUCAAAACUUGCUGAUUCUUGUGUGCAAACUCCAAAGUGGUGGUUAG